AUGGGCUUUGGCAAGAACGUCGCCCUGAAUCUUGACAAAUCCAUCGACAGCAACGGUUCCGAUUGUAAAAACGCCGUCUGUCAAUCAGGUGCUAAACAUUUCCGAGUUUCGCUUGGUGGCACAAAUGCGCGGAGGCGCCUACUGGAACCGGCACUCUACAAUCAGGUGUGCUACACAAGCGCAACGCGCAGUGCUCAAAGUCUGCGAAAAGGACAGAAACCACGAAUUGCUUCGAUGACAGUGACUUGA